CCAACAUGCAGCCGAGACUGGGCGGCCCCGCGCUGCUGCUGCUGCCGCCGCUGCUGCUGCUGCUGCUGCUGGGCGCGGGCGGCGGCGACUGCGGGGCGCGCGCCGAGGUGCUGUUCCGCUGCCCGCCCUGCACGCCCGAGAGCCUGGCCGCCUGCAAGCCCCCGCCCGGCGCCGCGGCCGGGCCGGCCGGCGACGCCCGCGUGCCCUGCGAGCUGGUCCGCGAGCCGGGCUGCGGCUGCUGCUCCGUGUGCGCCCGGCUGGAGGGCGAGCGGUGCGGCGUGUACACCCCGCGCUGCGGCCAGGGGCUGCGCUGCUAUCCCAACCCGGGCUCCGAGCUGCCCCUGAGGGCGCUGGUCCACGGCGAGGGCACUUGCGAGAAGCACGGCGAUGCCGAGUACAGCGCCAGCCCCGAGCAGGUUGCAGACAAUGGCGAGGAGCACUCUGAGGGAGGCCUGGUCGAGAACCACGUGGACGGGAACGUGAACUUGAUGGGAGGUGGAGGUGGUGCCGGUCGGAAGCCCCUCAAGUCCGGCAUGAAGGAGCUGGCCGUGUUCCGGGAGAAGGUCACGGAGCAGCACCGGCAGAUGGGCAAGGGUGGCAAACAUCACCUUGGCCUGGAGGAACCCAAGAAGCUGCGGCCGCCACCUGCCAGGACCCCCUGCCAGCAGGAACUGGACCAGGUCCUGGAACGGAUCUCCACCAUGCGCCUUCCGGAUGAGCGGGGUCCCCUGGAGCACCUCUAUUCCCUACACAUCCCCAACUGUGACAAGCAUGGCCUGUACAACCUCAAACAGUGCAAGAUGUCUCUGAACGGGCAGCGUGGGGAGUGCUGGUGUGUGAACCCCAACACCGGGAAGCUGAUCCAGGGAGCCCCCACCAUCCGGGGGGACCCCGAGUGUCAUCUCUUCUACAACGAGCAGCAGGGGGCUCGAGGGGUGCACACCCAGCGGAUGCAGUAAGCCACAGCCAGCCGGUGCCCGGCACCCCCCACCUCCACCCCUCUCCGGAGCGGGCCCAGCAUGCAGAGCGCAUGCGUGAUGGCUGGCGGGGCGGAGCUUCCAGGAGUUCUGACAUG